CCCGGGGCCGGGCUGGAGCCGCCCCGCUCCGUCCCCGCUGCGUCCCCGCGAUGUCGCCGCGCUCCGCCCGCCUGGCGCGGCUGUCGCGCUCCGUCACCUUCAGCGCCUGCCACCGCCUGCACAGUAAAUCCCUGAGUGAUGAGGAGAACCUGAAGCUCUUUGGGAAGUGCAACAAUCCAAAUGGCCACGGACACAACUACAAAGUUGUGGUCACCGUGCGUGGAGAGAUCGACCCAGUCUCGGGGAUGGUGAUGAACCUGACAGACCUGAAGGAAUACAUGCAGGCAGCGAUCAUGGAGCCGCUGGACCACAAAAACCUGGACAAGGACGUGCCCUACUUCUCUGAGGUGGUGAGCACCACGGAGAACGUUGCUGUGUUCAUCUGGGACAGCCUCCAGAAGCUGCUGCCCCAGGGCAUCCUCUACAAGGUGGAGGUGCACGAGACAGAGCAGAACGUGGUGGUUUACAAGGGAGAAGAAGCAAUUGUCAAGUGAAAUCAGCCCGAGCUCAGCUGCUCAGCAGAAAGGCUCCAUCAUCAGCUCCGUGGGUCCCUGCUCAGCAUUCCCUGCAGCCAGCCCUGUGUUCUGUGUCACAGCACAAAAGGGCAGGUGUUUCACAAGGACCCUCCCAGUUUGCCCAUCUGGCUUCUCAGAAUGGGUUGGUUUCUCUGCUUUUCCUCAAGACCUUCCUGUUUUGCCAGCUGAUGUGAAAUUUAGAAUUGUGCCAUGGUAAAUAAAGCAGCUUUGGGGAGAGGAGGGGCCUGGCAAAAUCCCAAAGUCUUUGAUUUCUCUCUGAUUAAAUAUUGAAUUCAUUUAUUUGAUAA